AUCGAUAAACUCAUAAGAGCUAUACUAGUUCCGGAUUCAGAGGAGGGCUGGUCCGUGGCCCGGGUGGCCACCCCUGGAUCCGCCACUGGGCUCCAACACUAUGCAUCAUGAAUGUUAGCAUAACGUGAAGCUUCAGCUGCUACCAAAUCCCCCGUCGCAUUAAGGAAUACAAAAGCAGCAGACAGCAGUCCCAAAAGUCUAUACUUUAAAGCCCACCCAUUAAUUAGACAAGUAGACAUCAUAUCUGAAGCCAAUACGGGCCGAGUUAGGCCCAGGCCUGGAGGAUAUCCAAAGAGAAACACGGGGUGGGCUGGACACGUGUUGCCAUGGCGGCGUAAGCAAUACAUAAUCCUGCCUGCCAGGAACUACAUCAUGAGAGAGAAGACCGGGCGUCGGAGAGGUAAUGACGUGGCAACCUGUUAUUGGUUCGCACACGUAACUCGCUCGCAGUCGCAGCUGAGGGUUUUUAGUUUUUCCACGUUUUUUUCCUCCUCAGCCGUCCCGCCCCGCCCCAUUUCCCCAAGGGAGAAAGGUUGCUCCGAUUUUGCCCACUGUGAUUCGAAGUGAACUGUGGAGAAGGUGACGAAAAAAGAAGAUGUUCCGGUCCCGAUCGCUGUCGCUGCCACUUCUCGCGGCGGUUUCAUUGCUUUUCUUCGCAUCCAAGCUCUGCUCUGCACUCUACAGUGCGUCCACUCCGGUAGUUCAGCUCACUCCUUCCAACUUCAAGUCCAAGGUUCUAAACUCCAAUGGAAUUGUUCUAGUUGAGUUCUACGCCCCUUGGUGUGGCCAUUGUCAAGCUCUUACCCCAGCGUGGGAAAAAGCUGCCACAGUCUUGAAAGGCGUGGCAACCGUGGCAGCUGUUAAUGCUGACGAACACAAGGGCCUUGCUCAGGAAUAUGGAAUUCAAGGUUUUCCGACAAUAAAAGUGUUUACUCCUGGCAAGCCACCUGUGAACUACCAAGGAGCUAGGGAGGCCAAACCAAUCGUGGAGUUUGGGCUCCAGCAGAUAAAGGCACUUCUCAAGGACCGGUUGAAUGGAAAAUCAACCAGUGGUUCUAGUGAAAAAUCUGAACCAAAUGCCUCAGUAGAGUUGAACGCCCGCAACUUUGAUGAGUUGGUGAUCAAAAGUAAAGACCUCUGGAUUGUAGAAUUUUUCGCUCCCUGGUGUGGACACUGUAAAAAGUUGGCUCCUGAGUGGAAGAAGGCAGCUAGUAAUUUGAAGGGGAAGGUGAAACUGGGUCAUGUUGACUGCGACUCAGAGAAGUCUUUCAUGAGCAGGUUCAAUAUUCAAGGAUUUCCAACAAUCAUGAUAUUUGGUGCUGACAAAGACAGCCCAAUGCCUUAUGAGGGUGCUAGAACAGCCUCAGCUAUUGAGUCAUUCGCGCUGGAGCAGCUGGAAACAAAUGUUGCUCCACCUGAAGUAACCGAGUUGACUGGCCCGGACGUCAUGGAGGAGAAGUGUGGUUCAGCAGCCAUCUGUUUCGUGUCAUUCUUGCCUGAUAUCUUGGACUCCAAGGCAGAAGGAAGGAACAAGUACCUCGACCAAUUGUUAUCAGUUGCAGAGAAGUUCAGAAGAAGCCCCUACAGUUAUGUCUGGGCUGCUGCUGGCAAGCAACCAAAUCUUGAGAACAGCGUUGGCGUAGGUGGAUAUGGGUACCCAGCUCUGGUUGCCUUGAAUGUGAAGAAAGGAGUAUACGCUCCGCUUAAAAGUGCCUAUGAGCUGGAACACAUCAGAGAUUUCGUUAAGGAAGCAGGGCGUGGUGGAAAAGGAAACCUGCCAUUGGAAGGCACACCAAAGAUCGUGAAGACCGAGCCAUGGGAUGGUAAAGAUGGGGAGAUCAUGGAAGAAGACGAGUUCUCACUCGAAGAGUUGAUGGGCGAGGACUCCGGGAGCAAAGACGAGUUGUGACCGCGAGUAGAUGAAUUGCAAAUCAGCAGUUUUGGUGAUCAAGACACAACCUAGUUUUUAGAGUGAAAGUUAGAAAUGAUGGCUGAUAUUGAUAUCUGCAACCAGUUCCAGCCAUUGAUUUUAAGGGCUAUAUAUCAAGAACGGUUUGUUGCAAGUGAUGGUUGUGUGGGACUUUCUGAUUGAAGUGGAAGUAUACUGUGGUCAGUAAAACUACGUCACCCCUCCAUUUUCACCUUUCAAUGCUGUUGAAUACUACUCUCUGUGGAAAACCUGCCUUGUCAUGCAUGCCUUGAUCCGGCACAAUCAAUUAAAGCCUUAAGAAACACACAUACUUAUUUGUCCUCCAAAUAAUAUAAAGAGGUUCUUGUUGAGAACCCCUUUAAUUCAAUUUUUGCCGGCUCUAGCGCAUCUUAUGGAGGGGUCUUUUGGUCGUUUCGUUUCCCUUUUUAACUCGUAUGUGCCGAUGAUGUUAUUUAUUUGCUUCUUUAACUGACCAAUGGCAUUGUGUAAUCUAGGGCUGGUAACCGGUACCGACUUGUAGCCGGUUAACCGGUUACCGAACCACCGGUUAUCGAUACUAAACCGGUAAUUACCGAAACGCCGAGUCAAGGGGAGCAAACCACAUUUCGGUUCGGUUAACCGGUAAGUAACCGGUAACCGAUUGUUGGCAGAAGGGUGCUGGGAGGCAGGCAGCAGCUCUCGGCCAUUUUUUAAAAAAAUUCAUUGUUUUUU